CUACUGUGCCAUCAAUCAAGCACCAGUUCAUGAGACUAUCUUAUGCAGAACUUGCCAAAGCGACUGAUGGAUUCUCUCCACUCAAUGUAAUUGGCUCUGGUCACUACAGUUCUGUAUACAAAGGAAUUCUUGAUCAAACAGGAGUAGAAAUAGCUGUAAAAGUGGUAAACUUGCAACAGAGAGGAGCAUCAAGUAGUUUCAUGUCAGAAUGCAAAGCUCUUAGAACCGUUAGGCAUCGGAAUCUGAUGAAGCUACUGAGUGCAUGUUCUAGCAUCGACUUUCAAGGGAAUGAUUUCAAAGCUCUGGUGUACGAAUUCAUGCCUAAUGGUAGCCUGGAGAAAUGGUUGCAUAUUGAAAAUGCAUGGGAAGAUGAGCAACAAAUCAAAGAAUCAAGAAAUCUGAAACUAAUACAGAGGUUGAACAUUGCUAUUGAUAUUGCUUCUGCAAUCGAGUAUCUUCACAGUGGCUGCCCAUCAACAAUCAUACAUGGUGAUCUAAAGCCAAGUAAUGUUCUUCUUGAUGAUGAGAUGACUGCCCAUGUCGGAGAUUUCGGCUUGGCAAAGAUUAUUUCUACAAUGUCUGGUGGGGCUCAAUUGCACCAAAGUGGUUCUGCAGCAAUAAAAGGAACUAUCGGCUAUGUUGCUCCAGGUACAAUCUAA